AUGACUAAUAAUGCACAAAAUCAACGUUCACUAUAUGCCACUAAUCAAGUGGAAUCAAGCUCGCAAUCAAGUCAUAGUAUUAGUACUGGUAAUAAUAUUUCAAUAUCAACCACAUCAUCAUCGACAUCAUCAUCGACAUCAUCAUCGACACCAUCAUCGACAUCGUCAUCGACACCAUCAUCGACAUUGUCGAUGACGAUGUCGAUUAGGGAUGUCAACUUUGCGUUCCGUUUCUAG